ACUCACAUACAGUGAGUUGAGUUAUUUACGGAUAGAUCAAUAUUAAAUCGCGAAUUAAGCAAGACACUAGUUUUGAGUUUUGACAACCUUGUAGAGAAAGAAGGCAAUGUGUGGAACUAGACUACGAGAGGAUGAAGAUAAGCCACUAGGGAAGGGAUGAAUUCCAUUGGUGGAAGUUAUUCCAGCCCACUCAAAAGAAAUCUAGAAAACCAGAAGAAAGAUUUGCAGCCCACAGUCCGACGUGGCAUUUUCCUCACCGCCUGGCCAAAAAGAACUCCACCAAUCGGUAAAACCUUGUUCUUCCUCUCCGAGAAACCAAACUCUUCCUCCGUAAUUCUUCAUCCACCAUCAAUGGCGGCAGUGACUGCACCACCAUCUUCCGCCGCUUAUUUCCGAGGAAGCAAGCCAACCGAACAAUUCUUAUCCAUAUCAUCCACCAAGCUCCGCUCCCCUCACCAGUCAUGCUCCAACAGAAGAUCCCUCUCAAUCGUCGCCAUGGCACCGCAGAAGAAGGUGAACAAGAUCGACGGCGGGUGGAAGAAGCAGUGGUACGGCGCCGGGAUAUUCUACGAGAGCGGCGAGGAGCUGGAGGUGGACGUGUUCAAGAAGCUGGAGAAGCGAAAAGUCCUGAGCAACGUCGAGAAGGCCGGCCUGCUCUCCAAGGCCGAGGAGCUAGGAGUCACGCUGUCGUCGAUCGAGAAGCUGGGGUUGUUCUCCAAAGCAGAGGAGCUGGGGCUGCUCAGCCUGUUGGAGAAGGUAGCCACCGUUUCGCCGGCCGCACUCGCGUCCGCUGCGCUGCCGGCGGCUGUUGCGGCGCUUGCGGCGGUGGUGAUAAUACCCGAUGAUUCGGCCGGUCUGGUGGCCGUCCAAGCUGUGGUCGCCGGGACACUGGGAGUCGGCGCCGCUGGGCUGUUUGUGGGGUCGAUUUUGCUCGAAGGAUUGCAGGAAGCUGAUUGAAAUUUGCAAAAUUUUAGUGUUUGUGUUAUUCGUUGGAGAUUUAAUUUGUCGGUUUUGUAUCGUACGAAUAAUUUGAAUUGUGAAUGGAACGAUUGGUAAAAAAUAGAACCAGAAAGAUCGGAAUCGCUCCGUACGACGGCGAACCUGCCGGUGAGGUAGGGAAAAAAACUAAGAAAAAUAAAUGGAGAUGCGGGGUAUCGAUCCCCGUACCUCUCGCAUGCUAAGCGAGCGCUCUACCAUCUGAGCUACAUCCCCAUUGUUGUUCUAGGUUAUUGAAAAAUUUUAUUUGAUAAAAGGUACUUCUGCACCACUGGGUAGGUGGCUGGCAGCCCUCUUGAUUCUCGAGAAGAACUGAACAGAGGAGAUGUUGCUGCUUACCAACAAAGACUUCAGCUUCCGGCUAAAACUAGGACGAUGACAUUACCCGCCGCAGCCCCAAUAUGUAAGUAAGAUUUACCAUGGGACUGGCGCGAAGUUCCAAUUGAUUACCUUUCUCCUUAUAGAGCUUAGCACAGCUUUGUCACUUUUUUGGCUUGUUGGCAAGUCUCCGUAUAAGGGUUUUCGAUUAUUUGUUUCCUGUUCAUUUCUGGAGGUGUUAAAUUGGUAAUGCCUUUACUUGAUAUCAAAAUUGUGAGUGGUAGUUUACUAGUUUGUCUUUCCCUUCUUGCAGUAGUCACGUAGUUGAUGACUUGGGUUUUGGAAUGGGAUUUGUUUCUUUGGUCGUAAAGCAAAAUCCAGAACCAA